AUGGCGGAAGCAUUCAAGUUCAAACUACUUCAAUCCACUCCUUACUAUGCUCAAGCUAAUGGACAUGCAGAUUCAAGUAACAAGGUGAUCAUCAACAUUAUCAGGAAAAUGCUUGAGAAAAAUCCAAAGCAAUGGCAUGAGAAAUUAUCAGAAACUCUAUGCGCAUAUAGAACUUUGAAGAGAGAUGCAACUGGCAUGACCCCAUAUGCUCUAACCUAUGGUCAUGAUGCAAUUCUGCCUAUGGAGAUAGUAGUCCAAUCUCUCAGAAUCGCUCAGCAACAUAAUUUGAUUAGAGAAGACUACUCUCAAGCAAUGCUACUAGAACUAGAAGGUUUGGAUACCAGUAGAAUUGACACCCUCAACAAACUAUUAGCAGGAAAACAGGUUAUAGCAAGGGCCUAUAACAAAAGAGUUAAAAACAAGAGUUUUGAAGAAAGAGAAAUAGUUUGGAAAGCAGUUCUGCCCUUUGGAACACACAUAGCUGGUUAUGAAAAGUGGUCACCCACGUGGGAAGGUCCUUUCAUAAUUAACCAAGUCCUUGGAUUGGGGGCAUACAGAUUACAAGAUUGA